AUGCCCGCCGUUUCUACCGCCAGCACUAUCACCAAAGCAUCUAAGAAGAAGAGUUUCCCUAAGAAGUCGUCCACUGACAGAGGCUGCCUCAAGGAAAGUGACGCCCACAUUAGGGAGAAAAAAUUGAAGGACAAGAAGAGAAAGCGUUCUCAGAGAAAGCGUUCUACUAAGAACCCCAAGGAGGACAAGAAGGAGCCUUCUAAGGAAGACGUCUCCAAGUCCACCCCAGCUCAGGCUUCCAAGCCUGUUGAGCCCACCAAGGAAACGAAGAAGUCCAAGAAGUUCCUCUCCAACGAGGGCGACUGCUACUACCCUUCCCACUUCUUCACUUUCCAGCUCAUUUUUGAGGACUUUGUGCCUCUCAACCCAGGUCAGACUUCUUACCUUGAGCUCUACUUGGCCCAAAAGAAGGAAGAGUGUCCAGAGGUUCAGGAAACUUCCGAGCCCGAGGUCAUUCCUGUUCAGCACUUGCCUGAACCAGUCAACCCAAUUCAGGAAACUCCAGAACAGGUCAUCAACCCAGUUCCAGUUCAGGAAACUCCAGAAGCCGAGGUUACCAUAACUCCAGCAAUUUCCCCUAAGCUCGAGGUUUCUAACAAUGUCCAGGCCGCACCUUUGCCCUUGGACUUUCCCGUUUUCAAGACUUGGUCGUCUUUGUCUCAGACUGAAAAGACCUACUACCCAGGCGACUUUCUCCACUUCAGAAAGUCCCUCAAGGAAGAGGAAAUUUCCUACCUUCCCAAGGAUUUCUACUUCUGGCAGGACGCUGUGUCCGAGAAGCCUGAAGAGUCCUUCACCAUCGAAGACUUUUUCGAAUUCCGUCUCGUUCUUGACGAGCUUGUGCCUCUCAAUGCAAUGAAGAAGAGAACCCCAAAGACAAAGAGGGUCAUCCUCGUUGAUGACGGACACCUUUUUGUCACCGACUUUUUCAGCUUUCAGCACAUUGUUGAUGGGCUCGAGUCGCUCGAGGGGCAGUUGUCUGACUACGAUUUCUGCUUGCGUGAAGAGCACUUUGAGUUGUACUCCAGAGGAGAACCAGAACCACAACCACAGCCAGAACCACAACCAGAGCCACAGCCCGUGAAGACUCAGGAGGUCUACUUCCCCGAAGACUUCUGCAACUUCUUCCAGCUCUGGACUUCCACUCCCAAGUACAACAAGGUUUUCCUUCCAAAUGACUUUUUCUUUUGGAAGGACGCCACAAACGAUGAAGAUACUCCUUCAUUCUUGCCACGGGACUUUUUCCACUGGCAGAGUAUCACCAACGAAAAGAGCAGCGAGUCCUUCCUUCCCCUGGACUUCUGCUUCUUUCAAGACAUUAUCAAGUCUAUCGAGCCAGUACCUGAGGUACACCCUAAGGCUCCAGACAAUAAUGUGAAGAGGAAAGAGACCAACUCCAAGCUUCCCCUGGAGUCCACCUCAUCCUCCAAGCCCUGCUUCGUGCAGCCCAGCAAGCAGUCCAAAAAGAAGGCACGUUCUUCAAAGGGAAAGAACCGCAAUAAGAAGACGCAGGUUCCCUUUGAACUUGUUUUCGAACCAGCACCUCCGGUUCCCGCUGCUUACGAGCCGAUGCAUGAGCUGGAUAGCUCUGCACGUUCCUCGUUGCUUGAUUUGUUUGAGUACGAGGACGAGUUUUAUGAACCAGACUUCACCCUAGCCAAGGGAGCUAAGUGGAAGUACUGA